GGACUCUGAUAUCGGGAUCUUUGUUUUAGGCUUAGCUAUGAGUGUUUUUACGGGGUAGCGGCAAUUAAAUGGUCUCAACGGUCCAUUGGGUCCUCUCUUCUCUGCUUUCUUUUUCCUCUCUCUCUUGAUUCUGUAAAUCGAAAGAAAAAGGAUCCAAGGAUUGAAGGCGAUGAGUCUAUCUAUGUAUGGUUUUUAAUGGUGAAUUUUAGUAACGGUGUGAUGUGAUCAGUACCGUUUACUUUACUAUUUAUAACAAUUAAAUUGAACUAUUAUUUCAACGAUCACUGUAACGUCCGUUUGUUUAUAUACCAAAUACCAAACAAUUUUCAAUACCUCCCUUCUUCUCCUCGAGAUCUAUUUUCUCACGUAAGAAAGAUCCAUUAGUUUUCUUCUCUCUCAUUGACAAUUCAUUCUUUGGGAAAGGAAUUGGAUGUAUAUGAUUGAUGAUUUGUGGAAUUAAGCAGUAAGGUUCUGCAGAUGCAGUUAACAAGAGGUGUAAAAGGGCAAAAGAGUAGCGCGGUGAGCAAUUCAUGCGCACCCUCCUUUAUUAAAAUUUAUGAAGAAAACUGAUAUUGACAAUGCGACGGAGUCAAUCAAGAGAAUCCAGUGAAGUUGAAAAUGAAAUGGAGGAUCGAGAAGUCCAUGUUAAUGGGCUUUGUAUGAAAACUUCUGAGGUUGAAGCGAAGCUUGAUGAGGGUAAUAUUCAGGAGGCAGAAUCUUCUCUUCGUGAAGGAUUAUCACUCAAUUUCGAGGAAGCCAGAGCCCUUCUAGGAAGGUUGGAAUAUCAAAGAGGCAACUUGGAAGGUGCUCUUCGAGUAUUUGAUGGUAUAGAUCUUCAGGCUGCAAUACAGCGGCUGCAACCUUCUCUCACUGAGAAGCCAUCUAGCAAUAGACGCAAAAGCUCUCGUGGUACUGAAUCAGUUCAUGCAGUUUCCCAGCAUGCUGCUAGCUUGGUACUUGAAGCCAUAUUUCUGAAAGCUAAGUCUCUGCAGAAACUUGGGAGAGUACCUGAGGCUGCUCAGGAAUGUAAAAGUGUGCUCGACGCUGUGGAGAGAAUAUUCAAUAACGGCAUUCCUGAUGCUAUAGUGGACAAUAAGUUGCAAGAGACAGUUAGUAAGGCUGUUGAGCUCCUUCCAGAGCUUUGGAAACAUGCUGGUUGUUACCAGGAAGCAAUGGCUGCAUAUAGACGGGCACUCCUAAGUCAGUGGAACCUUGGCAAUGAGUGCUGUGCAAGAGUUCAGAAAGGGUUUGCCCUUUUUUUGCUGUACAGUGGUGUUGAAGCUGGUGCCCCCAGCUUAGCUGUUCAAAUUGAUGGCUCGUAUGUGCCGAGAAAUAAUCUUGAAGAAGCUAUUCUUUUGUUGAUGAUUCUUUUGCGGAAGUGUUACCUUGGCAAGAUAAAAUGGGAUCAUUCGGUGAUGGAGCAUUUUUCAUUUGCUUUGUCGCUGUGUGGCCAAACUUCUGUGUUGGCAAAGCAACUUGAAGAGGUUUUACCAGGAGUUAUGCAUCGUUGUGAUAGGUGGAACACUCUAGCUCUUAGCUACAGUGCAGCAGGGCAAAACCAGGCUGCCUUGAACUUAUUGAGGAAAUCUCUACACAAGCAUGAGAAGCCAAAUGAUCUCCUGGCAUUAUUAGUAGCUGCCAAGAUUUGUAGCGAGGAUGCCAUUCUUGCUUCUGAGGGUGUGCAGUAUGCACGGAGGGCGAUUGAAAAUGCACAGGGGACAGAUUUGCAUUUAAAGGGAGUAGGUCUAUGUAUGCUGGGCCUUUGUCUUGGACGGCAAGCUAAGACUGCUUCCUCUGACCAGGAGAGGUGCUACCUCCAAUCUGAAGCACUGAAAUCAUUAGAAGAGGCAACUACUUAUGAACGGGAUAACCCAGAUUUAAUAUUUGAGUUGGGAAUUCAAUAUGCGGAGCACCAGAACUCGAAUGCAGCCUUGCGUUGUGCCAAACAGUUCAUUGAUGCAACAGGGGGGUCUGUACAGAAAGGUUGGAGAUUGCUUGCAUUGGUUUUAUCUGCCCAACAAAAGUAUUCAGAGGCCGAAGUGGUCACCGAUGCUGCCAUUGAUGAAACUGCAAAGUGGGAGCAAGGUGCACUUCUCAGGAUGAAAGCGAAGCUGAAGAUCUCUCAAUCACUGCCAAUGGAGGCAGGGGAAACAUAUAAACUCCUCCUCGCACUGGUUCAAGCCCAGAGGAAAUCUUUUGGACCUCUCAGAAGUCUUUCUCAGGUUGAGGAUGAUAAGGUUAGUGAAUUUGAAGUAUGGCAAGGUCUUGCAAAUUUGUACUCCAGCCUUUCUCAUUGGAGGGAUGCUGAAAUAUGCCUGGAGAAAGCUAGAGCGUUGAGGCAGUACUCUGCCGCUACGUUGCAUACUGAAGGUGUUAUGAACGAAGCACGUGGGCAAAUUCAAGAAGCAUUUGCUACUCACUGUAAUGUUCUCCCCUUGGACCCAACUUAUGUUCCUUGUAAAGUCGCAGUCGGUGCUUUGCUGUGGAAAAUGGGUUCUAAGUCGUUGCCUGUUGCAAGAAGUUUUCUUUCCGAUGCAUUAAAGCUUGAACCCACUAAUCGUUCUGCUUGGUAUUAUUUAGGAAUGGUUCACAGAGAUGAUGGACGUGUUGCCGAUGCUUCCGACUGUUUCCAAGCAGCAUCUAUGCUUGAAGAGUCUGAUCCCAUUGAAAGCUUCACUUCAAUUACCUAAUACUCUACCAAAAUUGGAAUAGGAAAAACAGCAAAUGAAAUGAGAUACAUAAUUUGUGUAGGAUGAAUUUGUACAACUUCUGUAAUUUUUUCCCUCCUAUAAUUUAUUUAUUUUUAUUCACUUUUGCUGCGGUGUAAGAAGCAAACAGUUCAGGAAAUUCAUAAAAGUGCAAAAAGGUUUUAAUAUUCUCUUUA